ACUUUUGCCCGAAACACCCCCUAAAUCCUGCAAUCGACCACCACUCUUUAUCUUCUCUCUUAUGCUACCACCGUCGCCCGUACCUUCUUAUGCCGGUCACCAUACCAUCGCAACUGCUUCCUUCUCCGUCGCUCACAACAAGAUGGCUCUGGCUAAGAGUGAUAGGACCCGUGUUCCCUCUUUCAGUGUGAAUCGUCGGCGUCGACUUCUCCUGUGACCCCCGUCGUAGUCUUCUACCCACUGGAGAAAUCGAGUCUCCACAAAAGAAGCCCUAAGAAUUUGCUACUGCUUUUCCUGGUCAGAGAUAAAAGAGAUAAGAGCAGGUGAAUGUGCUUCAGAAUCGGAGGUGGAUUGCUGUGAAGAAGAUGGAACUGAAAAGAUCAAGCCGAAAAGGCCGGCAACAAACCACCAACGUACAAACGGACCUCCUGCUAAGGCUUCGAAGCUUCUAAUUUAUGUGAUGCCAUUGAAAGCUAAGUGCUUUGUUCUCAAAUUCUUUACUACCUUAUAUCGUUUUUCAUGUUUGUGUGAUCUUGAUGGGUUCCUCCUAUUUGAUGAUUGUAGCUAGAUUGGAGGCUUUCUGAUUAGCAAGUAACAUGAGAUUGCGGUGAAGAUUAGAGUAAACUAGCAUACAGAGAGUUUGUCAAGUGCAAAAUCUUUCCAGGGUUCACUUCAAACCUCAUUUCUUCUGGUUCGUAUGGUGGCAUUGAAGAAGAUCUUAUAAAAUGUCUUGCAGACACAUACAAAGCUACUGUAAGUUUGAGGAUUGGAUUAUCCCAAAACUCGACCAAAUGCUUCAAGAACAAAAUACACAGUUAUAUCGAGUUUGGGGAAGAAGAUUAAUAAUGAAAGUACAUAAAGAUUGGCUAUAUGGUGCAAGUAGUUGCAUUGAUGGAUCAAGAAUUAAGUAUUAUGCCAGAGAAAAAAACAAAUGUGGUGGCAAUGAGUGUUGUGGAGGAUUUAAUAUAUUCAAACACUACCUCUUCACCAAGCAACCUAGAGAUUUGGUUGAGAGGGACACAACAUAAAGUUGGAAGGUUAUCAGCAGGGAGCAAGAUUACAAGCAUGCUUACAGUCAAUGACAUGAUCUUAUGUGGUACUGAAUCAGGGUUGGAUUUCACUAUAGUGAAAGAAUGAAUUGAAGGUGGUUGAGUAUAUAUUUUGCGUAAAUAUACAAAAGACGAAUGUUAGUCAUCUCAUUUCUUGCAGGCAACAUUAUAUCAAACAGGCGAUUGAGGAAAUGUCACCACUCAAGAUCCCAUAUGAAUGAAUGAUACUUCAUACUGAUGGCCCCUUUUCUAGUUUAGGUUUAAACAUAUGCUUCCCGUUAAUUUUGCCACACACGCCCUAUGUAACUAUAACCAGGACAAUUAGGGCCGAACGUUAUAAAAGCAAAACAAGAAAAGAGCCUGGUGCCUGCCAAAUUGCAAUGG